AUGGCGCAGCCUGGCUGGUGUUCGCCCUGUGCCAUGAGACGCAGCUGGAGGUCUUCCAAAUGUAACUCCAAAGGAAAACGUCAGAAAAAGAUUGUGUACAAGACCCAGAACUACCUGAACCGCUACGCUGCAGAUGGUCUCCGCACGCUGUGCAUUGCCAAAAAGAUUCUGAGCAAAGAGGAAUAUGCCUGCUGGGUACAGCACCACCUGGAGGCUGAGACAGCCAUUCAAGGAAGAGAGGAGCUUCUGUUUGAGUCAGCCCUCCGACUAGAGACAAACCUCCAGCUUUUGGGAGCCACAGGCAUUGAAGACCGGCUGCAGGAUGGUGUGCCUGAAACCAUCGCCUCUCUGCGGAAGGCAGGCCUGCAGAUAUGGGUGCUGACCGGGGACAAACAGGAGACGGCCAUCAAUAUCGCAUAUGCUUGCAAGCUGCUGGACCCCGAGGAGGAGAUCCCGACACUGAAUGCUGAUUCUCAGGAGGCCUGUGCAUUGUUGCUGGAGGAGAGUUUACACUACAUCCAGGCCAAAUUCCUCUGCAACUCUCCUGAACAAGCUGCGAAGGCCUUCAGUACCAACUUUCCAGCAUUUGAUAUGUAUCCCUCUUCAUCUCCAUCCUCCUCCUCCUCCCACACUGCUCCCUUCGUGGUGCACCGGCUGGGGCUGGUGAUCGACGGGCGCACCUUGGCCUAUGCCCUGGAUAAGAGCCUGGAAGAAAAGUUUUUGGCUGUGGCACGGAGCUGCCAUUCGGUUAUUUGCUGCCGCUCCACACCACUGCAAAAGAGCAUGGUGGUCAAACUGGUGCGGAACAAGCUGAAGGUCAUGACUCUGGCUAUAGGUGACGGGGCAAAUUACAUCAGUAUGAUCCAGGUGGCUGAUGUGGGCGUGGGCAUCUCGGGACAGGAGGGCAUGCAGGCAGUGAUGGCCAGUGACUUUGCGCUCCCACGUUUCCGGUAUCUCCAGAAGCUUCUACUGGUCCACGGUCACUGGUGCUACUCCCGGCAGGCCAACAUGAUUCUCUAUUUCUUCUACAAGAAUGCUAUGUUUGUAGCUCUGAUCUUCUGGUAUCAGUUCUGCUGUAGAUUCUCCGGUUCAGCCAUGAUUGACCAGUGGUACAUUAUCUUCUUCAAUCUGAUGUUCUCUGCAUUCCCACAACUCGUCACUGGCACACUGGACAAAGAUGUGUCAGCAGAGGCACUCCAACAUCUACCUCGGCUCUACAUGAAUGGCCAGAACUCUGAGGAAUAUAAGCCAUAUAUGUUCUGGAUGAACAUGAUUGAUGCCUUUUACCAAAGUCUGGUCUGCUUUUUCAUUCCCUACUUUAUGUACUCAGACUCUGACGUGGAUCUGUUUAUGUGGGGAACUCCAAUUACCACCCUCGCCUUAUUGACCAUCCUUCUGCAUCUGGGCAUUGAAACUAAAACCUGGACUUGGAUGAACUGGCUCUCGAUUACCUACAGCAUAGCUGUGUUCUUUACUGUGGCUCUGUGCUACAACGCCUCCUGUCCCACCUGUUACUCCCCCUCCAAUCCCUACUGGACCAUGCAGAGGUUGCUUCAGGACCCACUUUUCUACCUUCUCUGUGUCAUCACGCCUGUGACAGCACUGCUACCCAGAUAUUUCUACAGGGCAUGUCAGAGCACAUUGUUUCCCAGCUCAGUCCAAGUUGGAAGGCAGUUGGACCGACUCCCCCUCGAAACCCACAGGAACAUCCUCAGCCUGAGCAGGUUCACUGCAGGGUCACAGUUCAGCCCCAAGCCUUCCUUCCUGUCCCUUGUCAAGCCUUCCCCUAAAAGUUGUAUCCAUAAAGACCAGAGGAGAUGGUCCAGUUCCAAACCCUCCCCAUCCAUUCAGGGGACCAUUUUACAAAAGCUUGAUGCUGAGAAGUGUCACAUAAAGGACCAGAGUGGCCAGAUGAAGGGCAGCACAUAUUCACGCUCUCUCAUUUCUCCAGAAGCAGACAGUACACCUUCCACCAAAGAGUCGGAGUGCCUCAAUAUGACUUCAAACCCGUCAGAUCUGAUUCUGUCCAGCUGUAUCAGCUCCACACCUCUGCAGGCACAGACUGACAGCAUUCAGCUCAGUCUGCCCCCUGCAGGUGGGUCUCAGAGUGUUAAUAAGGACUUGACAUGAGGACUUCAGAGGAUUGCAGUGUUCAUCCAACAGAGAUAGUGGAACAGAAGGAAAACCGUUCCUGUGAGCAG